AUGGCAACGGCACUGAACCGACUUGGCUGGGGUGUGACGUUGUCGAUAGUGGACGUAGCGGUAUGCGUACUCUGCUCCUAUCUUCAUGGACCUACACCUGCACUGUCAAACAUCACAUCGCAGUUUAAAUCAUUUUCAUUUUUUACUUGUACUGUGGAUCUGUUUGUUUUAUGUACUGUAAGAGUGUUUCUGUGGCUGUUACCAGCCGUUCUUCACAAAACGGGACGUGCGGACACUUUGCCUCGAUUGACCCAAGUGAUCUUCUGCACUUCAUUAUUGAUGUAUGCUACAAGUCCGACUAAACUUUUGUUACUUACGGAGACACUUAAACCUGGCAAAUACCUUGCUGUCGGUGAUUAUUCUUUUCUGGUGUGGAAUUUCGUCGCUGCAUUAAUUCUUGACAUAUCAUGGAAAUACUAUUUCCACUACCCACCAUCAAGCUACGUCGUUCUUGAUGAGACGGAUGAGGAUGAUGAAGCUGCUCCAAAGGAAACUUUUGAAUUAAUUUUCCGUUUGCUGCAAUAUUGCAAAAGGGAGUGGAUUUGGCAUAUUUCUGGAUUUUCAUGGCUGCUCAUCUAUUCAAUAACUCGCAUCUUCGUACCAUAUUAUACUGGUCAGGUAAUAGCCACCGUGGUCGCUACUAAAUCCUAUCCUUCUUUGGCCGCUGCUGUAUAUGUAAUGGCAUCCAUCUCUUUUGUGAGCGCUAUGGCCGCUGGACUUCGAGGAGGCUCCUUUGAAUAUGCCUAUUCAAGAAUCAAUAGAGCGAUCAGGAAUGAUCUGUUCACCGCUCUGGUGAGGCAAGAUGUAGCCUUCUAUGACGCUCACAAAACCGGCGAGAUCACGUCUCGGCUGGCAGCCGACUGUCAGACAAUGUCUGAUACAGUCGCGAUGAACGUAAACGUUUUUCUGAGAAAUACCGUAAUGCUUCUCGGCUCCAUGAUAUUUAUGAUGACACUGUCAUGGCGUCUAUCGUUGAUCACUUUUAUUCUGGUUCCGAUCAUAUUCGUUGCAUCGAAAAUUUUCGGAACCUACUACGACUACCUUUCCGAAAAGACACAGGAUGCAGUUGCCGAAUCAAAUGAUGUUGCCGAAGAGGUUCUGUCUACCAUGCGCACGGUACGUUCAUUUGCAUGUGAAAACGUAGAAGGAGACCGUUUCUACCUGAAAUUAACCAAAACUCUCAGCAUCACUAAAACAAAAGCGAUUGCUUACGUCGGUUUCUUAUGGGUGUCAGAGUUAUUUCAAACGUUUAUUAUCGUCGCUGUAUUGUGGUAUGGUGGCCAUCUUGUUUUAAGUAACAAAAUGAAAGCUGACCUGCUUGUUUCAUUUUUGCUCUACCAAAUGCAGCUUGGCGACAAUUUACGACAGAUGGGUGAGGUGUGGACAGGAUUGAUGCAGUCGGUUGGAGCAAGUAGAAAGGUAUUUGAAUACAUCGAUCGCGAACCUACCAUUCUUCACUAUGGGACAUCACAACCAUCAACGUUGAAGGGACGAAUUGAAUUCCGAAACGUUCACUUCAGUUAUCCGACCAGGAGCAACCUGCCGAUACUUAGGGAUCUGUCAUUCACAGUUGAACCGGGCGAAACGGUUGCCCUAGUCGGUCCGUCAGGAUCUGGAAAAUCAUCGUGUAUUGCUCUUCUGGAAAACUUCUAUCAACCAAAUGCGGGUCAAGUACUUGUUGAUGGCGUGCCAUUGGAGGAGUACGAGCAUCAUUUUAUCCACAGGAAGAUAGCCCUUGUUGGACAAGAACCAGUACUUUUUGCUCGUUCAGUCACUGAGAAUAUCCGAUACGGCGUUGAUGUUAUGGAAGCAGAUGUAGUUAAAGCCGCUGAAAUGGCAAAUGCUCAUGGAUUCAUAAUGCAAACCACGCAUAAAUAUGAGACAAAUGUCGGUGAAAAAGGAAGUCAGAUGUCUGGUGGCCAGAAACAGCGAAUUGCCAUAGCUCGAGCGUUAGUCAGAGAACCAAUAAUACUUUUACUUGACGAAGCAACAUCUGCUCUGGAUACUGAAUCGGAACAUCUAGUACAGGAAGCCAUCUACAAAAAUCUAGAAGGCAAGAGUGUAAUAUUGAUUGCUCAUCGUUUAUCGACUGUGGAAAAAGCCGAUAAGAUCAUAGUGAUCAACAAGGGCAAAGUAGAGCAAGUUGGCACACAUGAGGAACUUUUGAAGCAGCCCGGCACUUAUGCAACGUUAGUUGCUCGACAAAUGAUGGGUGACCAACGUCCUCACACAGCACAACUUACGGCACCGUUGUCAUCAAGGCCCGUAAGCGUAAGUGGCAGUCAACAUGGAGGGAUGUCACUGUUGUCAACAAGUUUCACACAUUCGGCCAGUAGUGUGACGUCACGUUAA